AUGAUAACUUCUGCAAGUGUAGUCAAUGGUGUUAUUAGAAUUGUAGGUGUCACAAUUGCGAAGACAAUUGGUGGAUAUAGUGGUGGGAAAACAUCAACAUCUGACAUAGGCUAUAAGGAUAUUGAAGCAUCAACUGUAGUUGUAGAUGGCAAUGCAGGUGCUGGUGCAACUAGCAAUAUAGUUCUUGGUGGGGGUACAAGUGUAAGUGGCAGUGUAGGUGAAUCUAUAGGAGGUGCUAGCGAAUAUGUAGAAGAAAAAUCAAUAUGUGUUGGUGGCUGCGAAGAUGUAGAUGAAACAUCAUGA